AUGGCUCCUCCUCCAUCAAAACAGCUCAAAGAACAUCUCCAAGUGCAACAAGAGCCUUUCGUUUUGAACAUAUACCUUGCGGAGAGAGGGUACUUGGUUAAAUGCGUGAGUUCUAAUGGUCGAAACGGUUGCUGCAGCACUCAAAUGAAUAUGUUCAAGAAAAUGGCUUUGAUUUCCACCAGGGUCGUUAAGUCGAUACUGUGUAAAUUUGUUCCUGGUAGUGAUGAUAGCUUAGAUAUUUCCUGUUGCGGUGAUAAUGAAGGCGAUGAAGAUGAGUUUCAGAUUGCAGAAAUAACACCGUUUGGUAACAUGGAACCAGAAAAGAUUCUUACAAAUGAAACCAGUCGAAGGAAAUGCAUUCAAGAUGACCUUUUGUUAGAUGAAUUAUCAUCCGAGAAAGUGCAUCACAUCAUAACAAGACAAGGAAGUGCAUCAAAUAGGAACUCCAUUGAUAUGGCCGAAAAUAUCAAAGGCAAUUUUGUGUUGGCAACUUUUCCCUGGAAAUUACUUGGAAAAUCACUACUGGAAAGGUACACUCUCACCGGUUUCAAUGAAGCAAAGGGGACCAUAAUAAACGAACCUCGCAGUCUCCGAUAUUGCCGAAGAAACCAAAGUCUUGGGAAUCAAAAGAAGCCUCUAAUGAACCUUUCAGCAAAGAAAUUAACGAAAAACAACGGUGGAACGAAUGUCGGAAACAAGUACAACUACAUUCAGUGGUUCUUUUGUCUGAAAACCCUGGGAAACCAGACCAGCGACUUGUCAAGUAUGGGUUGUUCAUACGCAUUUGAAGAAUGGCAGUACUGUAAAUUGCAGAGAAAGAUAGGGUCUGAGUUAGGAGAUGCAAUCAUGGAUGAGGUUAUCGAGGAAGUAGUUGACUUACUAUGGCAGUGAAAAUUGAUGAACUGCUUAGCCUUCGUUAAUGGCGUAUCCAUUUCUUUGAAUUCAAAUCAUCAAUAGAGCUGUAUAUAUAUGUAUGAACUUUUCCUUGUUGCAA